GAGCUCGCUAUGGCGGCCGGGGCCGGGGCCAUUUCUCCCGCAGCCCCGUCGCUGGUGGAUCGCUACUUCACCCGCUGGUACAAGGCCGAUGUGAAGGGAAAGCCGUGUGAGGAUCACUGUAUAUUGCAACACUCUAACAGAAUCUGUGUGAUCACAUUGGCAGAAUCUCAUCCGCUUCUUCAAAAUGGAAAAACAAUUAAGAGCAUUAACUACCAAAUCAGUGCCAGCCGUAGCAGACUGCAGAACGAGGUUUCUGGGAAGUUUAAACGGGGUGCACAAUUUCUAACAGAACUUGCACCGCUUUGUGGGAUAUCUUGUUCAGGUGGAGAAGAAUAUACUGUGUCAAGCUGUGUGAGAGGACGGUUGAUGGAGGUGAAUGAAAAUAUUCUAGAUAAGCCAUCCAUUUUGCAGGAAAAGCCAUCCACUGAGGGUUAUAUUGCUGUCGUGCUACCCAAAUUUGAAGAAAGCAAGACCGUCACUGAGGGAUUAUUGACACGAAAAGAAUAUGAAGAAGUUGUGGUGAAACGAAUUAAUAACAGAUCAGAAACAUCAUGAAGAUAGAUGAAAUCAA